GGGGUGUGGAGGGGGGGGGGGGGGUUAGAAGAUGUGGUUCACGAUGCCGGCGGGGGAAGAGCUUAUUAGACCAGCCUAGUUCUAAUGAGCCGUUCCUAUCAUAAAUGGAGGAUCCUCGCAUCCAGUUAUCGCAAUCGGUCGUAUGACCCGAAGCGGUGGAAACCCAGUUGCUGAGUGGUGGCGGCGAAGCGGAGAGCUGCAGCGCAAUGGCCUGACCAGCCACGAUGCAGAGGCACAGAGUGGAAGAAAGAGAAAGAGAGUGUGUAAAAGAGACAGAGAGAGAGAGAAAUACGGUGACAAUGAUUGAGGAGAGAAAAGCAAUAGUAAAGUACUGCUGAUCGACCAGUGCUGAGGUAAAUAAAAGGAACCAACCAGCGGGGGAAGAAGAGGAGGAUAUGACGAUGACGGCGCACCGACGUGAGGGGAUCAACCCAAGGUUGACUGGAGGGUUCGUCGUGCUCUUCUUCGUGUUAAGCAAACGGUAGAGAACUUUAAGCGCGGAGCCUAGUUGAUAUUGCCAACCGAUCACUCGCUCCGCAACGUUUCCUGCGGUGUCACCCUGUGCAGGUCUUGUCCAGACCGUUCUUUUGCGAGUUGGAGAGUUGGAGAGGAAGAAGUUUGGGGGGGAGGGAAGUUGCAAAGGCGGCUUUCUCUUCCGGCUUCACUUGUAUCGGAUGUCACAGUUCCA